AUGGCAUUUGCUCACAAAGAGGAACAUUUGGAAGAACUAUGUGGAAAACUGAAAGAAGCGGUCGAUUGCGUCAAUAUAUUCAUCAGGAGAUGUCUUGACUCGAGUUCUCAGAUCCAAUACGAGGCGAUGACUAAUGGAACUCAAAAACUAAUUAAAGAUCUUUGCACUAAAGGAUCGCCUUUCAGAAAAGAAUAUCUAAAACACGCCAAAUGUUUCCAUAGAUAUCAACAACAAUACAGGAUGUGUUCCGAUCGAUACUUCUCUUAUGCGGACACUUUCAAAGAUGAGGACCAAACCACUCAAAUCAAAACCUGGUGCUGUAACUUCGAUAGACAUCGUCUGUGUACUUAUGAUUCAGUGCUGGAAAACUGCGGAACAGAUGCGGCCACUUUGGCGCAAAACAUUGUGAUAACUGGAGGAGGAAUUCUUGUGGACAUCACAUCUCCUUUCUUAUGA